UUUAUCACCAUCACGUCAUGUAUCAGACCGUUCUUCACGUUCUUCUUCUUCUUCUUCAAUCCCAAAAACGAAGAGUCACAGAAAUCCUCUGAGUCCGGCCUUUCUUCUCUCAAGAAGAAGAAGAAUUCCCAAACUUCAAGACUCUCCCAAACCCAAACGUUAAGACUCUGCCAAACCCAAACUUCAAGACACGCACACACACACUCUCUCUCUCUCUCUCUCUCUCUCUCAUUAAAAAAAAAAAAAAAAAAAAAAAAACUUCCAUUAAUGGUCGUCACGUUCUCUCCCCAUUUCUCAUCCACUUGUGAGUCUUGGAUUUGAGAUUAUUCAACAACCCUCUUCAAGAAAGUGGCCCUCUUGUCUUCCGCUUUUUCUUGGUGGGAGUCGUGGGACCUGUCCUCUUUUUCUUUCUGUUCUUGCUUUUGUUGGGUUCACUUUGUUGGAUUUUCUUGGGCAUAGACAACUCUUGCCUUUCUGGGAUUCCACCACUUUCCAAUCUUUUCACAAAAACAAGAAAAAAAAAAAAGAAAAAGAAAAAAUCUGGUUCUUCCGUUGAUUUUGGUUCGCGGGUUUCUCUCCCUCUCUGGGGUUCAAGAUUUCAAAGGUUUCCGGGUUACUGUUUGACGAAUUGAUGUCUUUGGCGGUUGGAGCUGUUUCUAGUUCCAAAAACAUGGCUUUGGAUGAAAACAAAGAGGGUUCUACCGGACUGCAGAGCAAUGCACAAGAGAUUACUGAUGAAAGCCUCAAGAGAAGCGUGAGCGAGAACUCCUUAUGUACAACUGAAGAGGAGGAGGAAGAAGAAGAAGAUGAAGGCCAAGAGAUUCAGCCUGGCCCUCAGUUCUCUCUCAAAGAACAGCUUGAGAAGGACAAGGAGGAUGAGAGCCUGAGGAGGUGGAAGGAACAGCUUCUUGGGAGUGUGGAUAUGGAAAGUGUUGGAGAAACACUGGAACCGGAUGAGAUCCUCAGUCUCUCAAUUCUAUCUCCUGAUAGACCUGAGAUUGUUCUUCCUAUUCCGGAAGAUGGAAAACCCAAAGGGUCGUGGUUUACAUUGAAAGAAGGUAGUCGCUACAGAUUGAAAUUUUCUUUCAGAGUCGGGAAUAACAUUGUUUCGGGUCUAAAAUACCGAAACACUGUUUGGAAAACCAGCAUGAAAGUGGACAGCUCAAAAGAGAUGCUUGGAACUUUUAGCCCUCAGGAAGAGCCUUACACACAUGUUAUACCUGAAGAGAUCACCCCUUCUGGCUUUUUUGCCAGAGGUUCAUAUACAGCAAGAACAAAGUUCGUCGACGAUGACAACAAAUGCCACUUGGAGAUCAACUACACGUUUGACAUCAAGAAGGAUUGGGCCACCCCUUGAAAACACACAUCUUGUGUCCAGUACUCGCAUCUAUCUUCAUCCAGUUAUGUCCUUGUAACACAAUGACUUCAGUCUGCCUCCGUCGCACAGAUUAAUUAUCAAAUUCCACUACAUUCUUAACCGAUCCAUGCCAGCAUAAUGCUAGUGUAGAGAUAUCCUAGAGAUUCAGUUUUAGACACUCUUCAUCCUGUACUAAGUUCCCCUUCUGCUACUAGCUCGAGCUCGAUUCUAUCGUGUAAUUCUUGUCAGUUCUCUCAAAUUCGUCUUGUCAGGUUAAACUCUGUAACCAAUCUUUUUAACCAUUAGUAGAGUAGAUAUGUUGGGAGUUUCAGAGCAAUGCAGUUGAGCAUCUGAUUUGUUUGAUCA